AUGCGUCCAGCGGUGGCGAUGGUGCUACAAGGCGGUGCGCCCGGCGGUGGCGAUAAUGCUGCAAGGUGGCGCGACCGGUGGCGGUGCUGCCAUAGGCAGGCGACGACCGGCAAUAGCGCAGCUGCAAGGCGGAUGCUGCGACCCGCGGCGGUGGUGCUGCAAGGCGGCGCGGCCGGCGGCGGUGCUGCCAUAGGCAGCACGCUGGGAGGCGGGGGCGGCCACGAGGACGCCGACGACCACCACCCGCUCCGCCUCGCCGCCGGCGACCGCCACGGCCGCAUCGCCCUCCGGGACGCGCGCGCGCCGUGCUCGCACCUACCAUCGCGAGCAAGCCGGGAGGCGGGGGCGGCCACGAGGACACCGACGACCACCGCCCGCUCCGCCUCGCCGCCGGCGACCGCCACAGCCGCAUCGCCGUGCCGGGGACGCGCGCGCGCCGUGCUUGCACUGCGCAGCGUGGCCCCUCCGGUGGCUGGCCCCGGGCACAAGCGGCGGCGUGCGGGGGCCCUCCGGCGGCCGGCCCCGGCACAAGCGGCGGCGUGCAGGCCCUCCGGCGGCCGGGCACCGGCGGCGGCGUGCAGGGCCCUCCGGCUGGCUCCUCGCCUCCAUCCACGGGCCCUCCGGCGGCUGUAA